UGUUGAAUCAGUUAUUGUCAUGCCUCCUAAAACGAGCGGUAAAGCUGUGAAAAAGUCGGGCAAAGCCCAGAAGAACAUUACUAAGUCCGACAAAAAAGGACGCAAGAAGAAGCGUAAGGAAAGUUACGCCAUCUACAUCUACAAAGUGUUGAAACAAGUUCAUCCUGAUACUGGUGUUUCCAGUAAAGCCAUGAGCAUCAUGAACAGUUUCGUCAACGACAUCUUUGAACGUAUCGCAGCUGAGGCAUCCAGACUUGCGCACUACAAUAAACGUUCCACCAUCACUUCCCGGGAAAUUCAAACUGCAGUGCGUCUUCUAUUACCCGGUGAAUUGGCCAAGCACGCCGUCAGUGAAGGAACCAAAGCCGUUACCAAGUACACCAGCUCUAAAUAAAUUUCCUUAUCUGUAAAUAAACCAAACGGCCCUUUUCAGGGCCACCAAAUUUUUCAAAGCGUAUUAAUGCUCGUCAAGUUUUUUAAAUACUUAAAAGAAUUAUGUAUUUCAAAUGGUUGCAAGUUACUAAUGAAUGAGGCCGUAAAGUUGAAACUUGCGAUAUAUAACUUGAUUUUUCAUAUAAUAGGUAAUAUACAUAUUAAGAAUAUCAACUUCUAGGGCCUUCUUAGUUAUCGAUGACGUAAUCAUAACUUGCUAGGAAUUUUUAUAUAAAUAUUAACUCUUAUAGGUCUCAUUUUAUACAAAUUAUGAUUAAAUCAUCAUUUAUAAAAUUUGAACUGUAUUUGAAUAUUACUAAGUAAUUGAUUAAUUUGAAAGUAAAUGAAAAA